GAAAUAUUCUAUAACUUGUUUUCCGGUGCUGAAGUGCUAAUAAAGCGAAACGCGUUUUAUUUUCCUAGUGUUUUACUCGAAAUAAGAAAAAUGAAUCGAAAAGAUGAUUAUGAUUCAUAUGAGAUUGAAGAGCCAAGCGACGAGGAAGGAGUCGGAAGCAGUUCUGAGGAUGAGCUGGAUAUUCUUCUGAACGGGACCCCGGAGCAGAAGAAGAAGCUGAUCAGAGAGUAUCUGACGGGGGAGAGCGAGUCCUCCAGCGGAGAUGAGUUUGAGAAGGAGAUGGAGGCCGAGCUCAGCAGCACCAUGAAGAGCCUGGAGUGCAGCUGGACGGCAUCUUCAGCUCAAGGUCAAACAUCAGGGACCAGUGACAGCACUUCCACAGCAGACAAGCAGCAGACGCAGGAGUAUGACAGCAUUUACUUUGACUCAGACUCGGAUGAAGAAGGCACAGCUGGCAGCUCUCGGGGACUGAGGAGGAAGCAGCGCUCUGUUCUCACAAAUGAUGAGCUGUUAUACGACCCAGACGAGGAUGAUCGCGACCAGGCUUGGGUGGAUGCAAAAAGAAAAGAAUACAGAAAUCAGAGGCGGCUGCCACCAUCAGCAAACAGAAGAAACAAACCACCCGCUGUUCCGAGCAGUGACGCGGUCCUCAACUGUCCGGCCUGUAUGACCACCCUGUGCCUGGACUGUCAGAGGCAUGAGAAAUAUCGGACGCAGUACAGAGCAAUGUUCGUGAUGAACUGCACAGUCAACAAAGAGGAAGUGCUGCGCUAUAAAACCGCCAAUAAGAGAAAGCAGAACCGGCACAGAAAGAAGGCCCGUCAGGAGACCACGUGCACAUCCACAGAGGCUGAAAUGGAGUCGAGUGCAGGUCUGACUGAUGCACGCUUGGCAGGGAUGGAUGAAGAAGAGACAUAUCACCCAGUCAAAUGCACAGAAUGCUCCACUGAAGUGGCAGUGUAUGAUAAAGACGAGGUGUAUCAUUUCUUCAACAUCCUCGCAAGUCACUGCUAAGAACAUUUACUGGACUUAUAAAUCCAAACCACACAUUUUGGUUGGUGUUAAUGUUGUGCAUCACCAGGCAACUUUGCUGUAAAGUGCACGUAGAGAAAGAUAUAAAAGUUUUUUGGGGAAAGGAAUGUGGCUAGACAUGAUUUUAUUUAUAAGGCUUUUAUUUGAUUUAUAUUCUGUUGUUGUAAAAUGUAAACACUUUCAUGUGAUCCACUUCAUGUAAAUUACAUUUCAUAUUUGCAUAAAAGUUGUUCUAGUGCCUCAGAUAUGUUCUUCCCUUUUAUUAAAUUGCAUUUUUAUACACAGUAGAGGGCAUGGAAUUGAUUCAAAUUGAACAGAAGUGACAUAUGAACAUGUUUUAAGCUUUUUUUAUUAGCCUGCUGGAAAAGCAUUUAGCUAAACACUUAUUAUAUGCUCUCGGUUUCAUGGAAAUAAAUAUAUUCAUUUUGAUUUUAUAGAAAAUUAACUUCCUAACAAUUAUGACGGCAUCUUUGUGAAGUAUGUAUGUCGAUAUUAAAGUUUUGCGUGUUGUCGCACUUUUUUUAUCGGGACUUUUAUUUUGUUACUCUAAGUUCUUUUCUAGCGCACGACUUUUAUUUUGUUAUGAACCGGAAAGGGAGCGGUGGAACCAACACGGGCCGGGAGAAAAUAUGGCGUUAGGAGAUGCCUGGAAACAAUUAUCUUGGUUUUAUUACCAAUAUUUGCUCGUAACAGCGCUGUAUAUGUUGGAGCCUUGGGAGAGAACUAUCUUCAAUUCUCUCCUGGUCACAGUGGCAGCGAUGGCCAUCUACACUGGUUAUGUGUUUAUGCCUCAGCACAUAAUGGCCAUAUUACACUAUUUUGAAGUGGUCCAGUGACGUCAUCAGCCGGGACCAUCGGGAUGCUCGCCACCUCUGCCUGGUGGUGCUUUAGAACUGUUCACUACGAUGUUUGUGAUUUACUUCAAGCGAGGACACUUGUGUAUGUUGGAGACCAGCGCUGAGGAGCGUGAUUAAGGCCUGGCUAAUUAUGUGUGAAGAGCACAUACUGUCCUUGCUAGAAAUACACCAUUUUAAGACUUUUUUUGUUUUUUAAAUAAUGCUUCUUGUUUAGUUUCAUGACAGUGGUUUAUUCAGAUGAUAAAUAUUUUUUCUGAUAUAAAUGUGUAUAUUUAAUUGUAUACAUAUUUGUAAAGUUUUAUAGAGAUUUAUUUUGGCUGACCUGAAAUGAUUUGGUUUGUGGACUGAUGAAUUAGAUACUGUUUUUGUCACCACUGGAAAUCUAUUUUUAUCAGAUGCCUGCGAGUCAUGCGGUAAAUAAUUACCUGCGCUGAUGUGAUGUCAUUGUGGAUACUUCAGACCUGGUUGCUCAGGUCAUAAACC